GGAAUAUUCAAUUUUUCGAUUUUGAGGAAGAGAAAAAAUAAAAUUUUUUUUUCUCCAUUUCCCACCGCGGUUGAAUGACGAUGUUGUUUUCCCCCUCUCGUGCUUUUCUCGUCGGGGUAUAAAUCCCCAUCAUGGGGGCCCCUUGGACACCGGGUAUCGAGUUAUCCCAGGUAUGCUCAUCGACGGUGAAAAGUGGGCCUGUGAAGCUUGCGUGCGCGGUCAUCGGGUGACGACAUGUAAACAUCAUGACAGACCAUUGACGAAGAUCAACAGAAAAGGCCGCCCGUUUUCGACUUGCGCCGUCUGUAACCUCACUCCCUGUCCGACCCCAGAUGAUCAUGCUCGGCUCAGGCGUGCUGAAAAGCAACGAUCCGACUCUCUACCCCACAUGUCAACCACCCCUCCCGCCCGCGUAAGCUCCAGGUCCUCGCCCACCCAUCUCGUCCCCAUCGCCCCGCGACCCCCGACCACGCAGUCGCCAUCCCCCAACAGCAGCCUUCCCCCGCAUCUUCAUAGACAGCAGCAUCUGUCCCCCGCGAACCACCAUCACUCGAUGAUGUCCGACGAUCCGACCAGCACGUUGCUCCCCGCGUCGACCGGCGCAGACCUCAGCUACCUCAUGUCGUCUGCGGCUAGUGCGGCGCCGUUGUGCUCGAUGGCUGAUCUCCCGGGCAUGGUGGCGUUGGCGGGUGAGGAUGCCGGUAUGAUGGAUUUUGACGGGCUGGGGGAGGUAGAUGCUGACGCGUUUGGGGAGUUGGUGCUGGAUGGGGAUGUUGAUGUUGGGGCGUUGGGUGGGGAUUGGGGUUGGUUGGGGGAGGGGUCUGUUUAGACUACUAUCUACUUGGUAGUUGAUUCAGGUCUGGGAGGGUUAGGGGGAGAAAAUGAUGAGGUGAAAAGGGGGUCAUGAGUGAUGAUUGUUAUGGUGAAUUAUGAUGAUGAUGAACAUGAUGGGUGGGUUGUUUGAAUUGGUGUUUCUUGUUUUUGUUUGGUUUGGGUGGUGUAUAUACUUCUGUCUCUUUCUAUAUGUUGUGGUAGGUUUGUAUAUAUGGUGCGAAAACGGUGCAAUGAGUGGUUGUUUGUUUCGAGCAUUCGUCACUUCUUGGGUUCUCUGCAUCGGAUGAAAUCAUGAAUAGAAUGAGAACAGACCGAGAGACUUCAACUCGCAUAUUAUUAUUCUUCCUAUUUUCAUUGACAAGCCAGGAAUGCGAAUUGACAGCUACUAAUC